UCCAAAUAGCUCAACAUCUAGUUUGCCUAUUCGGAAGCCAUUUUUCUCGUUGGGAAGUGACACCCGUUUAUUUUACUGUAGAGGACAAAUGUAUUAGAGUAUUGACAAUUGUGUAACACCACCUUCAACCCUGGAAGUCACAUUGAAAUAUAAGACAGCGUGAUUGUGUGCCUGCUUGAAGCCGUUUAUUGUCAUUCUCUCUUUGCCUGAAAUCAGGGGUGAACAUAGAAAACAGUAGCCGUGUCGGCCUUGACACCCAUAUUUCAGCAUACGUUGUGGUGCUCAUCUUGUAUUCACGUGGAUUGUUAUCAACGGGGAAACGAUUUUGACGUUCGGUGAUUUUAUUGUUUAUGUGUGAAGUGACUUUGAGAUUCUGAAGUAUUUUCUUUGGUGGGAGUUAAGACAACAAGUUUGUUCGCUGAGACAAGCGGUAUCAGCCAAUGUGGAGGAGUAGAAAGGUCGACAUAGCAGCAGCCGGAGAACAAACCCUAAACUGAAGUGCAGCUAACGGCUCCUCGGAUAUCACUUAUCCUUGGCCAGCAUUCAUGUAAGGCCCACUGGAGAGUGAUGUAAGGAGUUUCUUGAAAGUAGAGCUAUUUUCCCACGGUAUUUUGAAGUCUGUUCAUCGGAGUACGAGAGAGCGGAAACAUUAAAAAAAAAUCCCCUUUCCAGAGAGAGGUUGGCUUGGUUAAUGCAGGAAAAUUGGCACGAGACCAAAAUUUUGUCGAAAGAUACUUAAAUGUACGUUGCAAAAUUGUAAUUGCAGCAUUGAGAUUACCAUAAUAUACCAGUCAUGUUAUAAUGAUCUCCGGAGCUGUCAGAUCUUUUUCCAAGCAAAGAAAUAACCAUCCAGGCAAAGCAUUAACUUCAAGAAUGCCAGGCACAGAUGGACUUAAAUGUCAGUACUAUAAUACAUAUGAGACUUAGAUAAAAAGCAAUCACCUAUUUCUGUGUUUGCAAAUACUGUAGACUAUGCCGCAGAGAUUAAAGGUGGAGAAAUUGUUACAGUUUCACAAGGAGUGAGUCAGUAAAUUGCUGACAAACCAGAAGGUUUGUGAGAGGCAAGGCAAAGCAUCACUGCCACAGCUGCAGGGAAAUCAGCAGAUAUGGUGAGCAAAACAUACAACAAGAACUCUUGGAGGUGAACUGCAGCAUCGAGUGCUAGGCAUGGCAAAAUGCCAUGUACGCAGUAGUUUGCGUAAAACAACUAGAAUUCAAUGAGAAGAUGGAAUUGUUUUCUUCUGUGACAGAAUCAGAUUUUGGCCUUUUUCUCUACGGCUUAAGGAUUCAUCACUAUAACAACUGACUUGUUGCCUUUUUUUUUUCAAACAACCAAAAACUUUAAUAAUGACUGAUUCGAGGAUUUUCUUGAUACACAACAAUGUGGUGCUGGUUGUCAUUUUGGCCCUUAUACCUGAGGUCAAAGGACAGACAUGCCCACAAGGAACUAUGACCCGUCACCACACUGGAUUGACAUUAUGCUGCCUACCUAUAGAUGAUUGUAACCCAGACCAUUAUGUCAAGUCAUGUACAAGAAAUAACACAAAGGAUACCUGUGAAGUCUGCCCACCUGGUUACAGACUGUUCCAAAGGACAUCAUCGUUUGCCAUAAAAUCAUGUCGGCCGUUUCCAUUUGAACCACUUCCCAGUUGCAAACCAACUUCAGAUUCAUCAACCUUGGAUGAUGAAAAACGAUGCCAUUGUGAACUAGAAGAAGGUUAUUACUACAUGAAACCAGAGGUUUCUGUGGGAUCAUCAUCUUUCUGCCAGCCAUUUCCAAGUUUUUGCCCACCUGGUUACCAGCCUGGAUUAGAUGGAAAAUGUGAACAAUGUCCAAAGGGAACAUUUCAAAAUCAGAGUACUUUCCGGUUUUGUCGUCCACAGAGAAAUUGUUCAGCUUUGAAUCUUGAUGUUGUGGAAAUGGGUAACUCAAGAUCAGAAACAAUCUGUGCCAUGCCUUCACUCCCACCAACUGUCCCGCCUGUUGAAAGAAAGACCAGUCCACAGGAUUCUUCAAAGUCAACAGGGUCAUCACAUCUGAGCUCGCCCCCAUCUACUACAGGAGGUGUUAUCACAGAACCAAAAGCUAAUCCGUCACAGAAGCAUUCAGGGCCUUCAGAAAAUAUUACAAUUAUCAUCAUCGUGGUGUCUGUUCUUGGCCUACUUGUCAUAGGUGUCAUUGUUGUCUGGAAAAGGGGCUGGUUUACAAAUCAUUGUAUAAGAACGCAUUCAAACCUAGAAGGGGGUGCUCCUACAUGUACUUCACUGCCACAUAUGCCACGACAAGAUGAAGACAAUAACAGUGCUAAUUCUGACUGUGCAUGUACAGAUAGCUGCCUUACUAGUUCAAAGCCACAGAGUAGCAGUACAAAUAAAAUUUUAGAGAAUGGUGGGGCAAAACCAGCUGGACAGGGGAUGUAUGAAGGGCAUGUAAACACUCAGUACUUAAAUGGGGGCUCAUUGUCAUCAGAAAAGGGAUCUUUUUCAGAACCCUUCUAUCACAGUUUACAUCCUCAAGAUGGUGGAGGGGGCAAUUACAGAAAUAUCAAUGGUAGUUACAUCUCUCCAGCUACAAUGCUGAGAAGAGAGGAUUUUUAUGGUUACCCAACCAAGGUGGCACUCACUCCCAGCAACGAUAAAGAUUUGAUAGAAGGUAAAGGAGAGAAGAAACAGUGCACAGCUUCUCCGAAAGCUCCAAACAGGAUUCGCAGAGCUGAUGAUAGCAAAGACAGCUGCGAGACAGAGCCUCUCCUUGCUUAUGAAAAUCUCUCAUCAGGCAGUACCACACCUUCGCAGGGACGCACAAAUUGCUCUGACCUGCAAGAUGUUGCACUGCAAGACAUGACACCAGCAGGUAAUCGACCACACCUGAGCAUGCUACUUGGCUCUGCAGAGCCCUCUGUUGUGUCCCCUGCGGGAGAGGCCUUGCCUCCAAAUGUGCCACACUUGAGUCCAGCUGGUGUCCUCAGCACCUGCCAGCAGCACCAGGGGCUUCUCCAGCGUGCAACAGCAGCAGGUGCGUGAGGCAGCCACACUGGAAGCCCGUUUGGCAGC